CCAUCAGUAAGCAUCAUCAGCAUCGCUUAUUCGCAUUCAUUGUAUCAUCUCCUUCUUUUCUUCAACAAUGGAGAAUAUGUCGGAAUACUUUAAGAAAGGGACACCAAAAACCUAUUUUAUCAAACUCAACAACAUCUUCUCCAUCUUUAUCUUCAUAUUCAUCUUUUCAUCUUUUGUGUCUCUUUGUUCUUACACUCACCAUUUCUCCUCUUUCGAUAGACACUACAUCUUCCUCCUUUGCAACGGAAUCCUUGUUUUUCUCAUCAUGAACUUCGAUCCUAACCACGUUUCUUCACCAAAAGAGAUUCAAUCAGUCGUCACAAGUGAAAUCAACCACCCACCUCUGCUAAUCCCAUCAGACAUGGAACCAAUAGCCGCUGUUAUAAAAGAAGAAGAAGAACAACAACAAAUAAAAAACGAAGAUAAUGAAAUCGAACAAGUUGAGAAUGAGGUUUUUGUGUUUGGAGAUCAUAAUUCUCUUUCAGUCAUGCAUGAUCAAAGUGAAUAUCAAAAGGCAGAGAAUCUUAUUGCUUUCAUUGAUGAACAAGAAACAGUGGAGUCGAAAGAAGCAGCAGAAACAAAGGAAUUGAACAAGAAAUGUGCGGAAUUCAUAACAAAGAUGAGAGAAAGAAUGAGGUUGGAAUCAUCGAGUCGACAUACACUAGUGCUACAAACCUAAACAAAUGCAACAAUUAGUUUUUAAUGAGGAGCCGAUGCCGAUCUUUAACUAGCUUCAAAGAUAAACAUGAAUUAGCGAGCCGAUCCUAAGUUUUAUAUUAUCCUUCACGAGCGAGCUGCGAUCGAGCUCAAGCCACUAGACUCUUAAUGAGCCCGAGCUCAAGCCUCUAUAAACGAGUAUGGCUCGAUUAGUGUCAAGCUCGGCUUGACACGGCUUGUUUAUGUCCAUAUCUUUCUCUCUUUUUGUUGUUUGUCUUGCUUUUAUUGUUAUUAUAAAUAGUUAACUAAUUUCAAUUGUUUAAA